UUUAUCAAACAGUUUGGUCUUUCUAUUUAUAAGUCAAUUCUGUCCAGUAUUGGUUCAACUUAACUUGUUUUCUUGCUUUUUUUAAUCUGUUCUAGAGCUGAUCAUAGGUUCUAUUUGAGUGCCAUCUUGUUUGUAAACCCUUUUUCGUUGCUUGUCUUAUUGAAAUUCUUGUUUUGUCAAAUAGUGAAAUCUGUUUCAGCUUCAAAUUUUCUUAUCGGUGCACUGUUCCAUUGGUCAUUUUUAGCUUGGUUUGUGGUGUCUUUCACUUCCUUGUGUUGCAGAUUUGGGUGCUUGCAAGAAUCCAAACCUAAGGUAGUAUCUUAGGGUGUGGAGGCUGGCUUCACUCUCUGAAUUUGGUGGCUGUACUUAAAACAAGUAUUUUUCUUAAAACGAAUUAAACAAACCCACCCAAGAUAAUCUCAAAGUUGGAAAGUUAACCCUUAUGAGAAUUAUCACUAAAUGUUGAUUUGUAGAGGAAAAUCAGCACAAAUUAUUCAUCAAACCAUUUAUAAAGCACUCACUUAAACCCAGAAGCUACCAUAAGAAGUUUAGUGCCAAAUCGCUCACAGUGCUGACACGAGUGGGCAACCAAAAAGCUACGUGUCAUUACACCGCAACGUGUCAUUACAAGAUUACAGCGUAAUAAUGUAUAGAAUUUAGAUUUAGAUAGCACCUCUGCAUUCAACAUAUGCAUAUGCUACGUUUUUUAAAAAGAAGAUCAAAACCGAGUCUUACACAGAGAAGAAGCUCAAAUGUCUGCAGCUCAGGUUGAUCCUCACGACAAAAUGAGGGCGAGGGAUGUGAACAAAGUUGCGCGAGGUGAGCAAGCUCCAAGACCCGCUCAUCAAUACGGCACGGUUUCUCCCCCCUCUUCAACCCACACUAACGACGAUACCAAGAACAAAAUCAAGGAGAGAAAGUCAGGGAUAGCAGAAAACGGUGCCGAAUCAGCCGAGAGCACUGAUUAUAAAAUUUGUUAUGUAAAAUAUGUGGAGUAUCACAGAUGCAUUCAACAAGAAGGCGAAAAGGCAUCAAAAUGCCAGAAACUAGGCACAUAUUUUAGGUCCUUCUGUCAACCUGAAUGGAUAACAGAAUGGGAUAGAGAGAGAAAAGAGGGAAAGUUCCCUGCACAAAUCUAGCCAUGAGCAUAUCCCUCUCUUUUGUUAGGAAAAAGUUGCUAAUUUACCUUUGGCAAAUAAGUAAGAUAACAAUGAAUCUUCUUUCUGUAUUGUGUUUUCGUUUUCUUUCUCUGAAUAUAACAUGUCAUUACAUUACUGAUG